CCUUACUGAAAGCUCCGUGUAACAUAAUCAAGAGGAUGCUCUCGCAUCUUUGCCGCGAGCUUAACAGGCUAACAGCUACUCUGUACAGCCGCUGCGCUCCCCGCGGCGAUGGCUAGCCAGCUGCUGUGCCUCCUCCAGCUGCUGCUGCUGAUGCUCUCGUCGUCUUCCCACGCCCGAGACAUCAUCUCGCCGGGCCAGCCGCUGAGGGGCAACGACACGCUGGUCUCUGCCGGCAGCGGCAGCUUCGUGGUGGGCUUCUUCACUCCGCCGGGCUCCAACAACACCUACGUCGGCAUCUGGUACGCCCGUGUCUCCGUCCGCACCGUCGUCUGGGUCGCCAACCGCGCCGACCCCGUCCCGGGCCCCGUGGAGGACAACGCCGGCGCGACCCUGUCCGUCUCCGCCGACGGCACGCUCGCCGUCGCCGACGCCAACUCCACCGUCGUCUGGUCCGUCUCCCCGGCGCCCGGCGCGGGCGCCGGGCAGUACACGGCGCGGAUACGGGACGACGGCAACCUGGUGGUCUCCGACGCUGGCGGGCGCGUGGCGUGGCAGGGGUUCGACCACCCCACCGACACUCUGCUCCCCGGGAUGCGCGUCGGGAUGGACUUCGCGACCGGCGCGAACAUGACGCUGACGGCGUGGACGAGCCCCUCGGACCCGUCCCCCGGCCCGGUGGUGGCGGCCAUGGACACCUCGGGCGACCCGGAGGUGUUCAUCUGGAACGGUGGCGAGAAGGUGUGGCGGUCGGGGCCCUGGGACGGGCUCCAGUUCACCGGCGUUCCCGACACGGUGACCUACACGGGGUUCAGCUUCCGGUUCGUGAACACGCCCAAGGAGGUGAGCUACAGCUUCCAGGUGCCCAACUCGAGCUUCCUGUCGCGGCUGGCGCUGAACAGCACGGGCGCCGCCGGCGGGCUGCUGCAGCGGUGGACGUGGGUGUGGGCGGCGGGCGCGUGGAACAUGUACUGGUACGCGCCCAAGGACCAGUGCGACGCCGUGAACCCGUGCGGGGCCAACGGGGUGUGCGACACCAACGGCUUCCCGGUGUGCUCGUGCCUGCGCGGGUUCGCGCCGCGGUCGCCGGAGGCGUGGGCGCUGCGGGACAACCGGGCCGGCUGCGCGCGCGCCACGCCGGUCGACUGCGGGAACGGCACCGACGGGUUCGCGGUGGUGCCGCACGCCAAGGUGCCCGACACGACGGCCGCCGUGGUGGACUCCGCCGCCAGCCUCGCGGACUGCCGGGAGAGGUGCCUGGGGAACUGCUCCUGCACGGCGUACGCCAGCGCCAACCUCAGCGCGCCGUUCGGACGCCGCGGCUGCGUCAUGUGGAGCGGCGCGCUCGCCGACCUCCGCGUGUACCCAAGCUUCGGCCAGGACCUCUACGUCCGCCUCGCCGCCGCCGAUCUCGAUUCAGUUAGCAAGUCUAAGAAGAAGGGGCAAGUUAUAAUUGCAGCUGCCGUCAGCGUCUGUGUACUGGCAGUUAUUCUGGCACUUAUAGGGUUCUUCUUUUGGAAAAGAAAGAGGACAAAAGCAAGAUCAUCAGAAACACCAAGUAAAUGGAGUGGUGUAUUGCACAGCAGAACACUACAAUCCGAAGGAACUAGUCAUGGGGCUGACCUGGACUUGCCAAUAUAUGAUUUGGAGACUAUAGCAGCAGCCACAGAGGGCUUCUCAGCUGACAAUAAGCUUGGUGAAGGUGGCUAUGGGCCAGUAUACAAGGGUAUGCUUGAAGAUGGACAAGAAAUAGCUGUUAAAACGCUUUCGAAGGCAUCAGCGCAGGGUCCCGAUGAGUUCAAGAAUGAGGUCAUGUUGAUAGCAAAACUCCAGCAUCGGAAUCUUGUUCGACUUAUUGGGUGCUGCAUCUGUGGACAAGAAAAGAUACUCAUAUACGAAUACAUGGCAAACAAAAGCCUGGACUUCUUUCUGUUUGACAAAUCCAAGAGCAUGCUUCUCGACUGGCGAACCCGGUACCGCAUAAUCGAGGGGAUCGCCCGAGGUUUGUUGUACCUUCAUCAGGACUCGAGAUACAGGAUCGUCCACAGAGACCUGAAGACAGGCAACAUUCUUUUGGAUAAGGACAUGACUCCCAAAAUCUCAGACUUCGGCAUGGCAAGGAUAUUCGGCGGCGAUGACUCUGAAAUCAAUACGCUUCGAGUGGUUGGCACAUAUGGCUACAUGGCUCCCGAGUAUGCGAUGGACGGGGUUUUCUCGGUGAAAUCAGACGUGUUUAGCUUCGGCGUCAUAGUGCUGGAGAUCAUCACCGGUAUAAGGAACAGAGGUGUCUACAGCUACUCCAACCACCUGAACCUUCUAGCACAUGCAUGGAGCUUGCUGAGCGAGGGGAAGAGCCUGGAUCUGGUGGACGAGACCCUGCAGGGGACAUUCGACCCGGAGGAGGUGCUCAAGUGCCACAAGGUGGGGCUCCUGUGCGUGCAGGAGAACCCGGAGGACCGGCCCCUCAUGUCGCAGGCGCUCACGAUGCUGGCCGCCGCCGACGCCGCCUCGCUGCCGGCCCCCAAGCAGCCCGGCUUCGCCGCGAGGCGAGCCGCGGCGGCGGCGACGACGGAGGACACGUCGUCGAGCAGGGCUGACGGCAGCUUCGUGGACAGCAUGACCAUCACCAUCAUCGAGGGACGGUAGAGAUGGCGCGGACCGGCCGAUCGAUCGGAGCGCGACUGGGAAAGACUGCGACGGUGUUGUGAGUUGCAUGGGUUCUAGCGGUGAAUUUUGAGUGAAUUUUGCCCAGCUACUGGGCAAGUUUAGAUGUGUUUACACAAUUGUAUAGCAAAGUCAAAUCAAUGUAUUGGCGGGGGUCGAGGUUC